GCGCCCGACCACUUGAAGGAGAUCAUUGUGUUGGCUGCGUGCGGCGCGGGGGAGCAGCUGCCGCAGAACCCCGACCUGCCGGCGGACGUCUUCACCGCCUGCCUCACCACGCCAAUCAAGGUUGCCCUCCGCUGGUUCUGCUCCCGCAGCCUGAUGCGCCACGACGGUCUAACCAAGGACCUUAUCGACCGCAUCCCCGGCAAGCAGACCGACCGCAAGACGCCGCUGGGGGAGCUCAACUGGAUCUUCACCGCCAUCACCGACACCAUUGCGUGGAACGUGCUGCCGCGGCCGCUCUUCCAGAAGCUGUUCAGAUCGGACCUGCUUGUCGCCUCGCUCUUCCGCAACUUCCUGCUGGCUGAGCGCAUCAUGUCAGCGGCCGGCUGCACGCCCAUCUCCUACCCGCGCCUGCCGCCCACCUCGCAGCACCCGCUGUGGCAGGCUUGGGACCUGGCGGCGGAGAUGUGCCUGGUGCAGCUGCCCACGCUGAGCUCCGACCAGCAGGCGGAGUUCACACCCUCCACCUUCUUCUCCGAGCAGCUCACCGCAUUCGAGUUGUGGCUGGCGCACGGUUCCCGGGACAAGAAGCCGCCCGAGCAGCUGCCCAUUGUGCUGCAGGUGCUGCUGUCCCAGGUUCACCGGCUGCGCGCGCUGGUGCUGCUGGGUCGCUUCCUGGACAUGGGUCCCUGGGCGGUGGAGCUGGCGCUGAGUGUGGGCAUCUUCCCCUACGUGCUCAAGCUGCUGCAGACCACCAGCGCCGACCUGCGCGGCACGCUGGUGUUCAUCUGGGCCAAGGUGCUGGCGCUGGACAGGAGCUGCCAGGUGGACCUUGUGAAGGACAGCGGGCACCUCUACUUCAUCCGCUACCUGGACAGUGUGGACGGACACAUCGACCUCUACUCGCGGGCGCAGGCGGCGUUCGUGCUGUCGGUCAUAUGCGAUGGACACCCCAAGGGUCAGGCCCUGUGUGCCGGCAGCCAGCUGCUGGCGGUGCUGCUGCGCUGGCUGCGCUCGCUGGCGCCCGUCAACAUCACGUACGGCCCCCCAGGGCACCCGCUGCUGCUGCGGUGGCUGUGCCUCUGCAUCGGCAAGCUGUGCGAGGACAUUCCGGAGUUCUCCCUGCACGCCAUCCGCGAGGGCGCUGCGGACAUCCUGGUGCAGCUGCUCACCUCGCCGCUGCCCGAGAUACGCGCAGCAGCCAUAUUCGGCCUCGCAUGCCUCAUACACAGCUGCCCCGACCCGGGGGAGGCUGCAGCGGCGGCGGCGGCAGCGGGGGUGCACCACGGGGGUGCGGGUGCGGGAGGAGGUGGAGCGGGUGCGGGCGGGGAGCACCCGGCGGGGCUGACCCUGACGCCCUCGGAGGACCGGCUGCCGGCGGAGAGGCUGAUUGCGGGGGCGGUGACGCAGGUGGUGUACGACCCCGCCGUGCUGGUUCGUGCCGAGCUGGCGGUGCUGUUCGCUCGCUUCGUGCGGGGGCACGGCGCGGCGGUGCGCGAGGCCAUGGCGGCGCAGCAGCGCAGGCUGGAGGAGGCGGUGGCGGCGGCGAGGGCGGCGGCGGGAGGGGGAGUAGCGGCAGGCGAGGACGGCAGCAAUGGAUACCGGGGGCGGUCGAGUCCCGGGCACGUGCAGGAGGCCUCCUCCGGCGGCAUGCAGCGCCCCCCCUCCGCCCCGCCCGCAGCGGCAGCGGGAGGCGGCCCCCCUGACGGCGCUGCCGGCGGCGCCCCCGCUGCCCCCCCGCAGCAGCAGCAGCAGCAACAGGUGUUGUACUCCAAGAUCGCGGAGGCCAUCACCAUGCUCGCCCUCGACCCCGCGCCAAAGGUCGCCCGACUCGGCCGUGACGUGCUGCGUAUCGCGCAGUACGAGCUCUCCUUCGCCUCCGCCGCCUCCGCCCCCGGCAGCGGCUUCGGGCCCCCCAACGGCAGCCUCUCCCCCCGCCGCGGCGACUCCUCCGCGGUCGGCUCCUUCGCCGCCAAGCUCAAGCCUCGCUCCUGGCGCGCCGGCUUCACCAUCGGCGGCCUGCCCAACCUCUCGCGCAUUUCCGCGGAGCCCCACGACUCGCACCACGCGCCGUCAGCGUCCUCGUCGUACAACCCCUCCACCUCGGUACCUGGCGGCGGAGUAGCUGGCACCGCCGCCGGCGGCGGCGCCUCCUCCGGCCCCGCAGCCGCCAUGAUGCGGCGCAUGACACCCGCCGGAGGUCCGGCGGGAGGCGGCAGCGGCGGCGUUGCCGCUAGCGCUGCGACGUCGACGUCGGCUUCGCCUCCGUCGCCGGGUCGUGACGUCACGCUGGCGUACAGCCGUCAUCCGUACACGCUGCGUACGGUGACGGACCCCAGCGGGCUGGGCGGCGGCAGCAGCGUGGGCGGGCUGAGCGACUACGACACGACGCAUCACGGCGGGGCGGCGGGGGUGGUGGGGCCGGCUGGGGGCUAUGCGGACACGCGGGCGCAUGGGGGCAGUGGCCUGGCGGGGGCUAUGCUGAGUGGGGCGCAGGACGCCCUGGGCGGCUCCGGCCUGCACCCCCACCAUCCGGCCGGCGCCCCCUCCCUGCCGCACCCCCCCGUCCCCGUCCCCAAGUCGCUCAUCUACGCCCUCUCCUGCGAGUACUUCAGCCGCCCCAUGCUGGAGCCGCAGUCGGCAGCCUGGCGCGAGUCGGACGGCGCCAAGCUGGCGCCCUGGACCGCGCCCGCGGACCCGGAGCGGAAGGCGCGGCGGAGGGGCAUGAUGGAGGGCGCGGCGGCGCUGUCUCGAGCCAUGAGGACACCCAAGCUGAGGGAGCAGCUCCACUCCAUCGAGUCGGGUCCCGAGCCCGUGUCCGCACUCGCCUUCCACCCCUACCACCAGGUGCUUGUGUCCGCCGAUGUGCGCGGCCAGCUGAAGGCGCACACCUACCCCGACACCAAGCUGCUCAACAGCUUCCAUGUAACCAACGGCGCCCCCCAUGCCGAGUCCCGCAGCUCGCUGCCCUCUCGCGUGGUCUUCCUGCGCCACAUCAACGAGGCGGACGGUCCGCUGCUGCUGGCGGGCAGUGCGGACGGGGCGGUGCGCGUCUGGCGCUCCUACCUCAACAGCGGCGAGCAGCGCAUGGCGACUGCGCUGCAGGCGGUGUCCAUCCACCUGGUGCCCACGCUGUCCUUCCCCACCGUCUACAACUGGAACCCCGCCGCCUGCCACCUGUUCGCGUCGGGGGGCAAGCAGCCCGACUACGUCUACGUGUGGGACCUGCUGCGCGAGCACUGCCACUCCGUGCUGCCGCUGCUCGGAGGUGCAGCGGCGGCAGCGGCGGCGCCGCCAGGCGGCGGCGUCGUACCACCCGGUGUAGCCUGGCCCGCCACCGGCGGCGCUGCCCCCGUCAGCACGGGCGUGGAGCAGCUGCUGCUGAGCAGCCUGGACCCCAACCUGCUGGCGCCCGUGUGUACGGACGGCACGCUGCGUGUGUUCGACCUGCGGUCGGCCACCUCGCCCCGCUUGGUGCUGCAACCGCUGGGCAGGUCACCGCUGGCGGGGGCCGUUCUGGAGCCGGGCGGCCGGCAGGGCUUGGUGGUGGUGGUGUCGGAGAAGGGGGAGAUGCGGUGGCUGGACCUGCGGGGCGGCACGGGGGGAGGCGCGCCGGGCGAGGCGGGCGGGUCCGAGGGGUCUUCCUCGUCGUACACGUACAAGACGCUCCAGGCGCACACCAAGGGCGGCGUGUGUGCGCUGACGGCGCACUCGCUGGCGCCGCUGCUGGCGACCGGCACCUCCUCGCAGGUUGUCAAGAUCUGGACGGACGACGGCGACGUGGUUGGCACCCUGCGUCCCGGCAACAGCUCCACGCUGCUCGCCCCGCACAAGGUGGGCCCCGUCACCUCCAUGGUCUUCCACCCCUACCAGCCGGUGCUGGCGGCGGCGGGCAGCGACCACUGCACCGUGUACGAGCUGUGCGACCCCGGGGCGGCGGGGGGGGCGGCGGGGGCGGGGGGCCGGGCGGAGAGGGCGGCCAGCCUGGUGUAGUGGCCUGGAGCGUGGGGGGCGUGGGGGAGGGGGGUUUGCUGUCGGCGGGGAUGCGAGGGCUUGGACUUUCAGGAGGCGUCUUUGCACGGCGCCGCGGAGGAGAUGAGGGCUGGGGCUGAGGCUGGGUGCCGCGCGCACGCACGCACGCGCGCAUGUGCGUUGUGCGUGUGUGUUUACUGGGAGGGAAUGAGUUCAAGGUGCUGCUACGGAUGGUGCUACUUGAUGUGUGGAGCUCUGGCGGACCGUGAGGCUCUUGUGGCGCUACAGCCGUGCGCCGGCGUAAGGCGAUGGUGGUGUGAACGGGUUUGCCUGGGGGGUCGUUGAUGGGGGUGGCCAGAGGAGCGGGGCCUUGCUUCGCGUGGCGCCUAUUUGACAGUCGGAGUCGUGCUGGUUCUGGGCUUUUCAGGAGUUGGAUUGCAGCUGUGUGCUUUGGGGUGUGGUAGGGGGUGAGGUGGGGGGUGAGGUAGGGGGGCUAUUUGGUUACUUGAUGACGUGGAGGGCUGAGAAGCCCCGCGUACUGCCUCCUAACAGACGGCGGCAUGAGCAGUUGCGGCUGCCGGUGGUGCCCAUGGAUAGCUUGUAUCGCUGCUAGGACAGCAGUUGGCAUGGUUGCUUUGCGGCGUUGCUUACCGGUAAGAGGCUUGGGAGGUGUUAGCGGACUUCGUAACACUGGGCGAGCUGCUAUCCUAGCGGCCGAGACUGGCGUUUUGGCGACUGAUUGAGGAGGAAAGAGCGAAAUGACGGGUUUUUGGGUUUAGCUGGAUGUUGGGGUCUACAGCGGUGGUGUUUCAGAGGCAUGUGGACUCGGGGCGCGGCCUCGCUUAGCUGUGCUGUGCGCUGUUCUGGGGAGGGCGGCUGGGAAGGAGAAGACCUUUUGAGAGCAAAGACAGAUAAGAAACAAACGGGGGUGAGGAGGGAAAUCAGUGGGCAUACCAGAUUGUUGUUUCAAGCGAGCAGAGUUCCGUUAUGUUACCUACCCUUCCGUACAACGCAACAGCACGGUUGUGUUUUGGUUGAUGCUGAUCAGAACAAGCGAGACGGAGUACGUGAGAGAGACGUACGUUUACUGGUAGCAGUAUCUUGGGUAGUAACACAUGUCGUACGACAUCGUGUGUCGUGACGCAAUGCGGUAAAGUGCAGGUGUGUUACCGGUACACCCUAGCCACGGCACCCACCGGGUUGCGGGGGGGGUGAGGAGUGACGCAGAUGAGGGCUCGAGGAGGCAUGUAGGGGGGCUCCCGUUGUAGUCGGCUGGGUCAUGCGUGUACGGUACAUGAGGACUCCUUGCUAGGGCUGCUAGUAGCCGUAAUAGGGCACAAGCCUGGGAGACGACUGAGGACACUCAAGGUGGUAGCAGAGGGAGGCGGUCCAGGGGAGGCGGCUUCCCCACAUAAAAGCGGUGUAGUGUGGAUGUGCCAGGACAUGCUUAGCGCCCUUUCACAUGGCGGCCUGCUGCGGGUUCGGGUGCGCACUCACGUUUGGGAGGACUGGAAGGGCGGGCCGGAUACGGUAAGUAGCGGUAGCGGUGGCUCCUUUAAAGUGAGCGUCAGGGGCGUUAGGAUGGAUGGGCAGUAAACGGGCAACGUGUGGGGUGCACGACGCCGCAUAAUCAUGCUUCUGCAUGUCUGUACUGCAAUUGGACGUUGAAGGAUGGGGGCUUCAUGGGGCUUUAGUGAGCCCACAUGGACUGCGCUACCAAGCCCCUUCCGAGAGCCGUACAAUUUGAAGUGUAAUGCCAACGACGUGAUGCAAUGAGCAGCAGAUGCCUUCCGUCCCUCAUUGGGGCAAGCAGUGCUCCUAGUAUCCUGCUCUCUGGAAGGCGCUCGUCCAUCAAGGAAAUCACAUGUGAUGCCGCAAGUCGUCAACCGCUUUGAAGCGGAUGUUUGACUAUGCGGUCUAGCCGAACACCAAUACGUUGUAUGUCGACUUAACUACAACCUCGAGGUUGUUACAUAAGAUCUGCAAGGCCUAGUUACUCUUUUUUCGCUGAGGGAUGGCGCGCCUGCUCCUGCGAGCGGCAGUUGCAGUCGCGUUAAUCGGAAUUGCAUUGCAAUACUUUGGCCUCGCUCCACCACUUCCCGGACUCGGCCUCCUUUCCGCCCGGCUUGGAGGCAGCAGCGGGGGCCCUGGCAGCGUCAAUACAGCCAAGCUGCUCGCAGACCUCAACUGCGAUGUACGACAAGGCCCAACAGACGACAAGAGCAGCAGCGCUAGCAGCAGCACGCAGCAAGCCCAGUCCUCCCCGCUUCAUGACGGCGAGGAGCGGGCCAGGCAGCAGCAGCAGCAGCAGCAGCAGGUCACAUCCGCAGCUCUGUCGGUCAUGUACCUUGCUUCCAUGCCGGGGCUGCGGGAGCAGGUGAAGCAAGAGGCAGGUAUCUUGGAGUCGCUGGUCCGCCACGUCAUGACACCGGACCUGGCGGCCGCACAACACCGCCUGAUCAGGCAACAGCAGCAGCAGCAGCAACAUGAAGAACAGCAGCAGCGGUCAGGGGCAGGGUCAGGGGAUGCCGAGUUGCUGCCGG